UGGCGCAGCCGCGGAGACGCGGCGUGCGUGGUGGGCGUCCGCAGUGACAAGUUGAGCACGAUGACGCAAUUCACGACGAUGAUCGUGGCGACCACCAUGACGAAGAUGAGGUACCUGCGGAGCCCGCCGCGCGUGACCCCACUGCGGCCCGCGGCCCGGCCUGUGACCUCACAAACGACCCUCUCCGGCGGCGGGACCGGACGCGUGCCCCGGUGGCCCUCCUUCCGCCGCCGCCGGCCAUGCAGGGGACCCCCAGCUCCCUGGAGACCCUGCUGUGGGUCUACCACUUCCACAGCUCCACGGAGGUGGCCCUGCAGCCCCCGCUCCCGUCCUCCCUGGAACUCGCUGUGGCCGCGGCCCAUGAAUUUCUGGAGCAGAGGUUCAGGGAGCUCGAGUCCCUGGAGUCGCAGCGGCCGCAUGCCCCGAAGCCCACCCUGGGGCUGGUGCUGAGAGAAGCCGCGGCCAGCGUCGUGAGCUUCGGCGCCACCUUGCUCGAGGUGGGGCGCGGGGGGGGCUGCGGAAGGGCGGGAAAGGGGGACAGGGACCCCUGCGUCCCCACCAACUCCUACACCCUCCUUCCCCCCCCACCCCCUCAACGGCAGAUCUCCGCCCUGUGGCUGCAGCAGGAGGUGCGGCGGCUGGACGGCGGCGCCGGCAGCUCGGGCCCAGCCCGGGGCGCCGGGGAUCCGGGCGGAGCGCUGGCCCGGGUGGCCCGGGCCGCGGUCCGGGGGGCGCGGCACGCGGGGGCAGCUGCGGGCACUAGCGCCCGGCUCGCACUGCAGGGGGCGUGGCUGUGCCUGUGCGGGCGGGGCCUGCAGGGGUCCGCCUCCCUCCUGCAGCAGUGGCGACGUCAGCUGGGCCUGGGGACCCCCGGGGAACAGAGAUACUCUGGAGACCUCCAGGUGGCAUCCAGUGGCAGCGCGGAGAACGGGGGAUCAGAGAACCCGCCGCCGCCGCCGCCGCCGCAGCCCCGCCCCGCCUUCCAAUAAAGCCCAGAUGGGACCGACCCAGAGCAGCUCCGGGUUUCGCGCGCCCUUGGCCGCGCCCCCGGCCCCGCCCCCACACGCUGGCCCCGCGCACGCGUGGGCUCCUCCGCGGCCCUCUGCCUUCACCUGCCCAGCAUCGGCACGCUCAGCGACGUCUCGGGGGUUUUCUGGGCGAUCAGGAACAAGAAGACGGUCUGCGCCAGCAGGACGUUGAUGGACACGGUGCACUUCUGGCCGCCGGCUGGAGGGAGAGGCCGGUGAGAGCGGGUCCCGCUCCCAGCGGCGAGGCCGGGGUUGGGGUCCCGGCGGCCCCUUACCCUGCGCCGG